AUUCCACCCCCAGUGGUUAUUAAUUUCAGAACACAUCUGAAUUCCUUCUCUGUGGCAUAUGCUUUAGGAGAGGAGCAGACAGCUCUUAGCUAGGGUCAGAUUUCAAAUUCUCAUCUCUUGGUGCCAAUACCAGCACCAGAUUCUUCUUUGAAGUCAACUUUUGAGAUCUUCACUAAGUACACGUUGGUGUCUGAAGAUUCACACGAGUGCCUCUGGUAAUCAUUUUCUUCAGGGAAUCACAGUCUCUCCUCUCAGCAAAGCAUCCACUGUACUGAACUUUGCUUUUGGAAACAUCUUCUUCCUGAGACCUCAUUGAAAGAAACUCUCUGGUGUCAUACUUUCCAAUAUGGAGGUGAAGAACUUUGCAAUUUGGGAUUAUGUUGUAUUUGCAGCCCUCUUUUUCAUUUCCUCUGGAAUUGGGGUGUUCUUUGCCAUUAAGGAGAGAAAAAAGGCAACUUCCCGAGAGUUCCUGGUUGGGGGAAGGCAAAUGAGCUUUGGCCCUGUCAGCUUGUCUCUGACAGCCAGCUUCAUGUCAGCUGUCACGGUCCUGGGGACCCCUUCUGAAGUCUACCGCUUUGGGGCAUCCUUCCUAGUCUUCUUCAUUGCUUACCUAUUUGUCAUCCUCUUAACAUCAGAGCUCUUUCUCCCUGUGUUCUACAGAUCUGGUAUCACCAGCACUUAUGAGUACUUACAACUACGAUUCAAUAAACCAGUUCGCUAUGCUGCCACAGUCAUCUACAUUGUACAGACGAUUCUCUACACAGGAGUGGUGGUGUAUGCUCCUGCCCUGGCACUCAAUCAAGUGACUGGGUUUGAUCUCUGGGGCUCUGUGUUUGCAACAGGAAUUGUUUGCACAUUCUACUGUACCCUGGGAGGAUUAAAAGCAGUGGUGUGGACAGAUGCAUUUCAGAUGGUUGUCAUGAUUGUGGGCUUCUUAACGGUUCUCAUUCAAGGAUCAACUCAUGCUGGGGGAUUCCACAAUGUAUUAGAGCAAUCAACAAAUGGAUCUCGACUACAUAUAUUUGACUUCGAUGUAGAUCCUCUCAGGCGACACACUUUUUGGACUAUCACAGUGGGAGGAACUUUUACUUGGCUCGGAAUCUAUGGGGUCAAUCAAUCAACUAUUCAGCGAUGCAUCUCUUGCAAAACAGAAAAGCAUGCUAAGCUUGCCUUGUAUUUUAACUUGCUGGGUCUCUGGAUCAUUCUGGUGUGUGCUGUCUUCUCUGGCUUAAUCAUGUACUCUCACUUUAAAGACUGUGACCCUUGGACUUCUGGCAUCAUCUCAGCACCAGACCAGCUGAUGCCGUACUUUGUCAUGGAGAUAUUUGCCACAAUGCCAGGACUGCCAGGACUUUUUGUGGCUUGUGCCUUCAGUGGAACUCUGAGCACCGUGGCUUCCAGCAUCAAUGCCUUGGCAACAGUGACCUUUGAGGAUUUUGUCAAGAGCUGUUUUCCUCAUCUCUCCGACAAGCUGAGCACCUGGAUCAGUAAAGGCUUAUGUCUCUUAUUUGGCGUGAUGUGUACCUCUAUGGCUGUGGCUGCAUCUGUCAUGGGAGGUGUUGUGCAGGCUUCCCUCAGCAUUCACGGCAUGUGUGGAGGACCAAUGCUGGGCUUAUUCUCCCUGGGAAUCGUGUUCCCUUUUGUGAACUGGAAGGGUGCACUAGGAGGUCUUCUUACUGGAAUCACCUUGUCAUUUUGGGUGGCCAUUGGGGCCUUCAUUUACCCUGCACCAGCCUCUAAGACAUGGCCUUUGCCUCUAUCAACAGACCAAUGUAUCAAAUCAAAUGUGACAGCAACAGGGCCUCCAGUACUAUCCAGCAGACCUGGAAUAGCUGAUACCUGGUACUCGAUCUCCUACCUUUACUACAGUGCAGUGGGCUGCUUAGGAUGCAUUGCUGCUGGAGUAAUCAUCAGCCUCAUAACAGGUCGCCAAAGAGGUGAGGAUAUUCAACCACUGUUAAUUAGACCAGUUUGUAAUUUAUUUUGCUUUUGGUCUAAGAAGUACAAAACACUAUGCUGGUGCGGAGUUCAGCAUGACAGUGGGACAGAGCAGGAAAACCUUGAGAAUGGCAGUGCCCGGAAACAGGGGGCUGAAUCUGUCUUACAGAACGGACUCAGGAGAGAAAGCCUGGUACAUGUCCCAGGCUAUGAUCCUAAGGACAAAAGCUACAACAAUAUGGCAUUUGAGACUACCCAUUUCUAAGGCAAUACCUGUAUGAAUGCACACACACACACAAACUCCACAUACUUCUUGCCUACUUGUUAGUAGAUAUGUAUAGUUGCCAUUGCUAGAAGACAGGGAUGUCUGGUGCCUAUUUCUACUUAUUUAUAACUACAUGCAAAAUGACUGUCUCUCGGGAUAUUCUUUGAAAGGCUCCAACUUUCACAGAGAAAAACCAACCUGCUCCAAAUGCCCUUGACUACUUCCUUCUUGAAUAAAUUAGGGCUGGAUUUCAUUACCAUUCAAGAAAGUGAAGUCUUUUUGCUUGGUGUCAUAUUAAACUUCAGGUUUUUCGUUUUAGUAGUUUUUUAACCAUUAAAAUAUCUUGGAGUUUAGAGGCAGAACGGGAAACAGAAAUAUGCAUAUUUAACACUUUCCUGCCACGAGGGAUAAAAUAGAGGAAUGACAUCCACCCCCGACCUCAUACCUGACAUACAUGUAGACAUAUUUUAUGCCACCCAUCUCCCAUCCUGUAGCUACAAUUGGCAUACAACUACUAUUAACCUCCCUUCACCACCACUAUCAGGUCCUCUUCCAGUCAUUCCAGUCAUUAGCUGUCCUGACCAAACAUUAAAAAAAACAUUCAGCUAAAUACAGAAGAAGAUGGUAUGUCUGGCUAGUGGGAGUGAUUAUAACUAAAAACUUUGCUCCCUUUGUGCUGUCCAUGCAGUAUGUCUUCUUCCUUUCUAUCACUUUACAAUGAAAAAUUGCCUCAGAGCUCAAUAAGAAGUCUGGAGCCUUUUUCCAGGGCUAAGGAAAGAGAAAAGGAAUGUCCUAUAGAAGGUUGUUAGGAUAGAAUUUGGUAAAAGAAUGUUGCAAAUAUUGUAACAGACCAUAGGAGAUUUCAUCAGCAAUAGGAUUCUUCUUUGGAGAAAAUACAUUGUCCAUAAGACUUGUACUCUGCUCAUUCAACUCAUGUGAGCAAGCUCAACUCACUCCACCUGGGUUAGGUAACAGAAGUGGAGAACUUCAUAGUUCGUGUCUAGAAAAUAAUGUUUAAAGUUCUGGAGAAUGAGGGUAUUGCAGAUUAAAAGGCGAGUUGACAAAUGAAGGAGCAGUGAAAGAUUUUUGGAAGAAGUGAAGAAGUGAAAUUCUGAAAAGGUAAAAGAAAGAACCAGUAUGUCACAGGAGCCAAGUCAGAGGACAGAUAAUAAGAAACAAAGUUGUAUCUGAGAGUCAUAUAUUAGGACAGGUGUCAGAUAUUUAUUUUGGUGGCCAGAUAAAAGCAAAAGGCCUAGAAAAGAGUGUGUUAGCAAAGUAAGAAGAAAUGGUCCAAAUAGGCAAGGAUAAGGAAAUCCAAAGGUUGUCUUUAAAUAUUUCUCAAAAGAGAAAGUCUUGAAAGAAGCAUACAAUAGAGAAAAAAUAAAUUACCAGUAUUUAUUAUUAGAAAAGAUAGAAAGACAGACAAAUCAGUGGAGGAAUUAGAGAAACUGGAGUUUAUAAAACAGAGCCCAAUCCUUGCCUUCUCUCCCUCCACUCAAAUAGAAAAGGAGAAUGGAGAAAGAGAAAGAAGGUAUUAGGCUACAGUUUAUAAGAGAGAUGAGAAAAAAAUACAUUUGGGAAUAGAGGGAAAGGGUCAAAAGGGGUCACAUUUGGAGAAAUAUCUGAAAAUGAGAAGGAACAGAAUUUUUGGAAACAUUUUUUAAAGUCUGGCAACGCUAAUUAAGCUGUUGAUCUAAGGAUUUGCAAAUUGAGAGGUGCAAUUAUUUUCCAAAUGAUUUGUGACACUCUUAUUAAUUAGAAUAUAUAUUUUGUGAAUAUUGAAAUCUGAGCCAAAACUAGUUAGCUUUAUUAAUAUCUUAGGGAAAGAAGAGAGAAAGAAAGAGGGAGAGAGAGAGAGAGAAAGAAAGAAAGAAAGAAAGAAAGAAAGAAAGAAAGAAAGAAAAAAAGGGAGGAAGAAAGAAAGAAAGAAAAAGACAGGAAGAGGAAGAGAGAGACAGAAAGAAUAAAAAAACAGCAAUUCUGAGGAUGAGAAUAAAUUAAUGGUAGGUAUUACAUAUGCAUGUACAUAUAUAUAUAUCUGUACACAUAUAUAUGUAAAUAUGAUUUGGAAUACAUCAGGAUUGUGAACUUCCACUUGGGAUAGCAUAAAAGCAAAAUAUACCAUACAAUUUUUCAUUUUACUCACAAAUUUUACUCACAAAUUCUCCUAAAGACAUUUCACUAGGUCAGUACAUUUCCGAGAAAGUUUUAAAAACGUUUCUUCUUUUAUAGUCCCUAAUUAUCUUACCUGGAGUGUUAUCAAAAUGUCAUACAACUGGAAAA